UUUUGACAUAUAAAAUUAUUGUGUUGUGCUUUGUUUCGUUUUGCCUCGCGUUCUUUCUGUUUCUUUCUGUGUUUCGCUUUAAGCUUUUCGGCAUCCUUUUCCCAUACAAUUUCGCGCGUGUUUUUGUUGUACUAUCAAGUAACCUUCGGUGGUCACACUCGAUCGUUCGCGCGUGCUUUACGUUGUCCUUAAGAGUACGGUCACACUCGUCGUCGUCGUCGUCUCUUUGUCUGUCUGCCGUCGGUCUUUUGAAAGUGAAGAAAAGUGAACACGCGCGCGAUUUCCCCACCUCCUUGUAUCUGUCUGACCUUUUCUUUCUUCGUGUUUCGCAUUUUUGGCAUUCUUAUUGCAUUCCACGUGCGUCUCGUGUUUUUCGAAUAUCGUAUGCUUUUAGUAUCAAAUGUAAUUCGUUUGCUAAUCCUUGUGCAAUUUGUUCUGUGCAUUUCCUUUCCCCUCUCCCCAAAUCCUAGUUAUUCAUUGUAAAAUUAUCUACGUUGCGUCUUUUAUGAACGUGUCUAAAAAUUCAAGUGAAUAAAUUGCAGCAACAACAACAACAAUAAACAACAAAAGUCAAACCAAGCUCAAGUUCAACAAUUUAUCGCUAUCGAUAUCAACAACUACAACAACAACUACAUCAAAUAGCAACAACAACAUUUGUCCCGCUGUUUUGUAAGUUUAUGUUGGUAUUGGGGCGAAAAGUAAAAGAAAGAAAGUUCUUAGCAUGAGCGCUGUAAGUUGGAACUACGACGAGAAAGAAAACGUAGCGACCAUGAUGUCCUGCCCCCUUCCUAUGCCAUUACCAAUACCAAUACCUUCAAUACACAAAGCUGAAUACACACCGGUUCAUAUUGGAGUCAAGGUAAGGAUCGAUGAACAAUUUCUGUAUAAGCUCAAUCAUUUGGUGAGUCCACACGAUUAUUACCAAAUGCCGACGCAAUUUCGCGGAAGCGACGAACUUUUGAGUCAAGCAGCAGUUAUGGCGCCCGCUUCCGACAAUAAUAAUCAGGAUCUGGCCACAAAGAAGGCCAAGCUGGAUUCGAGCACCGUUUUGGCCGGCGGAAUUGCCAAGGCCUCAAAAGUCGUUCACUUGCGCAACAUUCCAAACGAAUCUGGGGAAUCGGACGUAGUUACACUGGGCAUACCAUUUGGACGCGUGACCAAUGUGCUCGUGCUGAAGGGCAAGAAUCAAGCAUUUAUCGAAAUGGCCGACGAGAUAUCCGCCACAUCGAUGGUAUCCUGUUACACAGUGAAUCCGCCACAGAUGCGCGGACGCAUGGUCUACGUGCAGUUCUCCAAUCAUCGCGAGCUCAAGACGGAUCAGAGUCACAAUAACUCGUCGGUGGUGCAGAGUGACUAUCGCAUUCAAUCGCCAGCCGGUGGCUCACCCUUGCCACUGUGUGCUGUAGGCAAUGCGAGCACCAAUAAUGCCAACAACACCGCCGAUAAUAACUGCAGCACUGUCGCCAUACUGCAGAACAACACAAGUGCAGUGAAUGCAUCUUCAGCUGGCAACAAUACCAACGCUGCUGGCGGUCCAAACACUGUGCUGCGUGUCAUUGUCGAGACGCUGAUGUAUCCGGUGUCGUUGGACAUUUUGCAUCAAAUAUUCCAGCGCUUCGGCAAGGUGCUCAAGAUAGUCACCUUCACCAAGAACAAUUCAUUCCAGGCUCUCAUUCAGUAUCCCGAUGCACACUCGGCACAGCAGGCCAAGUCUAUAUUGGAUGGCCAGAAUAUCUAUAAUGGCUGCUGCACCUUGCGCAUCGACAACAGCAAACUGACCGCCUUGAAUGUCAAGUACAACAAUGACAAGUCGCGCGACUUUACGAAUCCCGCGCUGCCACCGGGCGAGCCUGGUGUCGAUCUCAUGCCCACCGCCGGCGGCCUAAUGAAUACCAAUGAUCUGCUUUUGAUUGCCGCCCGCCAGCGGCCCUCACUAACAGGUGAUAAAAUAGUCAACGGUCUAGGCGCACCUGGCGUACUGCCGCCCUUCGCUCUCGGCCUGGGCACACCACUGACCGGUGGCUACAGUAACGCCCUGCCCAAUCUAGCCGCCUUCUCGCUGGCCAACAGCGGUGCCCUCCAAACCGCCGCCCCCGCCAUGCGCGGCUACUCGAAUGUGUUGCUGGUUUCGAAUUUAAACGAGGAGAUGGUCACGCCUGAUGCUCUAUUUACCCUCUUUGGUGUAUACGGCGAUGUGCAACGUGUAAAGAUUUUGUACAACAAAAAGGACUCGGCACUCAUACAAAUGGCAGAGCCGCAGCAAGCUUAUUUGGCCAUGUCUCACCUUGAUAAAUUACGUUUAUGGGGCAAGCCAAUACGUGUCAUGGCCAGCAAACAUCAGGCCGUACAGCUGCCCAAGGAGGGACAGCCGGACGCGGGCCUGACACGUGACUACUCACAGAAUCCGUUGCAUCGUUUCAAAAAGCCCGGCAGCAAGAACUAUCAAAACAUCUACCCGCCAUCGGCGACACUGCAUUUAAGUAACAUUCCCUCAUCCUGCACUGAGGAUGACAUCAAAGAAGCCUUCACCUCCAACAACUUUGAAGUCAAAGCAUUCAAGUUUUUCCCUAAGGACCGCAAAAUGGCGCUGCUGCAGCUGUCGUCGGUGGAGGAAGCUGUGCUGGCGCUGAUCAAAAUGCACAACCAUCAGCUGUCGGAGUCCAAUCAUUUGCGUGUGAGCUUCUCCAAGUCGAACAUCUAGAAUCCGACCCGGGGUCAGGUUCACUGAACUUGACUGAGUGCCAACAGCAGCAGCUAUCCGCUACGGCAGCAGAUCUUUUGGCAGCAACAGAUACAAUCUAUAAUUCGUAGUACAAGCGGCGUGCAGGGCAAUCGCCACAACACCCACUUCAACUGACAACCAACAGCAACAACAACAGCAACAUUUAAAGCGGCAACCACAGGCAAAACUAGAACAACAAACAAACCCAACCAAUCCCAACCCAUCAACAAACAGCAGCAAAACAAUCGAUGCAAGAGCUAUAGCUAAUCUAAAUAAAAAAAAAAUAUAUAUAUAUAUACACACAUAUAUACAACAUACAAAUUCUAAAACAAAGAAAAACAAAUACUGUUUUCCCAAUAUUGAUCGCAAAUUCAAAACAAAACAAAACAAAACAAUUAAUUAUAGACUCCAACUUAUAUGAUGAAUACCAAUUCAAAUGUUUGCCACAAGUGUGCAGCAAGUAAAAAAAAAUACUAAAAACAGAUUUAAAUAAAGCAAAGCAAAAGAAAAGAGCCCACUAAACAAUCAGCGACGUCGUAUAAUCAUAAGCUUAAAGUUAAUACUAUAUAUGUAGUCGAUAAGUCUAGUAAGUUGCAUUGAGAGAAACAAAAACAAAAGAAUACAAAAAAAACAACAAAAACAAAAACAAAAUUAGUUGUAAUUUGAGUGCACUGUACUGUGUUUUGGUUUUAAAAAACAUCAGCAGAGAGAAGUCAAAGCGAAACAAAAAAAAAUCUUAAACUAAAAUUAUAAAAAUAACGACAUUUAUGUUUAAACAAAAUGAUGAUGAUGAAGUGCGCAAACAUUUUAUUAUGUAUGAGUAUUUACUGUUAUUAUAUUUUAAGUGAUUGCAGCACGAUUGAUUGAUAAUUCUGAUUUCUACAAGUGAAAAACAAAAACAAAACACAAAAGAGUUCAACUUAAAAAGCAAACGCGCAAAUAAGAUGUUUUUAAACGUUUUAUUUUUUUUUAUUAAAAUUAUUAAUUUUGUUAGUGGUACGAUUAAUGUUAAAAGUAAAUCUCAAUAUUAGAUCGAAAACGUGCACACUAAUUCCUAAGUGUACUCGUAAUUGAAGAAGCCAAGCAAAAAGGCGCUGAAAAAAUGUAUUACAUUUAACAUAAAAUAAAAUCAAACUAUUGUCGGGCGUGUGUGAAGAGAAGAGAUCCCAUCAUAAAGUUAGUACGCCUAUUCGUUUAGCAUUAAAUCAGACACAAAACAAAAGUAACUCUUUUAAAGGCAGAUACAACAGAAAAAAACAAAAACAAAAAAAACAUAAACAAAUUGAAAGUAAAGCGUACGUAAAAUCUUCUGUGUGUGUGUAUAUGUAAAUGUUGUUAAAUUAGAAAAAUAUUAUUAUAUAUACACAAAAUGAAAACAAAAAUAUAUACUGUAUAAUGGAUAUACAUAUGCAUACAAAAAAGGAAAAGAAAAAACAUAAAUAUUUAUAGUAAGUAUAUAUAUUUGAAUAUAUAUUGAACUACAACAAAAACAUGAAACAGGAAAUAAAACAAAUUUUAAGAUACGAAAGUAAAAUCUCAAAUCUAGGCCUAAGCAUACCAAUAUGAAAGACAUAUAAGUGUUUUUAGCAAAAACGAAAACAAAAACAUACAAAAAAAAAGAACAAAAAGCAAAAAAGAAAAAAACUCAAUGAUUUUUUGAUAAUUUUACAAAAUGCCCACACUCACACUCACACAAACACACACAGAGACACAACCACACACACACAGAAAGACACACAUAUACAGAAACAGACAGGCACGACUAAUUAUACACACAUCAAUGUUUAUAUAUAUUUAGAAAGUGAAAAUAAUUAUUUAUACUAUGUUGGCGCAAAAGAACAAAAAAGAAAAGAAAAAUAAAAACAAAUAUGAUUAAUAAAAAAGUAAAGUAAUUGUAAUUGUAACUAAAUGAUAUGGAUUUAGUUUUUAAGCAUAAGUAGCAGUGAUCGUAAUUUAAAAUUAACAAUUAACAAAUAACAGAAAAUGGUAAAUUUGAAAACUUCAAAAAAACGUGUACGAAAAGCAACAGUAAAAUUGUAUUGUAAAAUGUGUAAAAUUUAAAAGGAUAUCAUUCGGAUAAUUGCAGUUAUCGCGAGUCAGCUGCCGCUAAGUAUUUAAACUGUCGGCAAUGAGUGGAAAAGUAUGACAAAACUCGACCACAGAAUAGAAGCAAAAGAUGGAAAAGGAUUAAGGAAACAUAGUUUAACCAUCGCAACCACAUUUCUCAUUCAACUCAAAAGCUUAAAGUACAUUUUUUUUUAACUAAAAAAAAGAACAAAAAAAACAAAAACCAAACAUAACUAGCGUUUCAUGUAUACAUUCUAUCCUAAUCUAACUUUACCUAAUUAAAAAACUUAAACUUAUAACUUAACUUAACAUAUGCUCCAUGUCUAUGCCUAUGUCUAUGUCUAUGUCUACUAUAUAUAGAUACAUACAUACAAACAUAUAUACACGUUUUGUUAGCGCAUCGAUACAAGGUAAACAGAGAUAUACAUAUACAUUAUAUAUACAUAUAUAUAUAUUAAUAUAUACAGAUAUAUACAUAUAUAUAUAUCAAACCCACGACUGCUAGAAUUUCAAAUGAGAACUCUUGACAAAUCAAAAAAUUUCAUACAAGUAUUUCAAAACAAAACAAAACAAAAACUACUAUAACUACUAAUUACAGCAAAACAAACAAAACAACCAGAACCCAAGCAAAAGAAAACUUCAAAUCAAUAUGUGAAAAGUUAAAUCAUAAUACAACUAGUACACACAUAAUAAUAUACAGGCAGACAGACAGACAGACAGAUUCACAUCAAACUGCAAUCAAUCCAAAAUGCAUAGAUAGAAGGCGGCUGUACUCUGGUACACAGAGCGUUCAAAGCGUAAUCAAAUAUUUAGCCCAACGAUAAUAUAGAUACAAUUUGCGCUACAGCGUGUUUAUGUUGAUAAUGAAGAACACACCGAAUAAGCAGCAUGCGAAUUAAUAGAACUACGUACACAUACUCGUACAUAUACAUACAAAUACUUAUAUACAAAAUGCAUACAUAAUGAGUGCAAAAUAGGCAAAUGCAGCUAUUUGAAAACAAAAACAAAAAAAGGAAACAAAACGAAAGAUAAAAAACAACACUAAAAGUAUUACUUUACCAUGUAGAACACACAGAGAUACAUUGAAGAAUUUAAUAAUUACAAAUUUAUCACAUAAUUGAAUACAUUUAAUAAACAAACAACAAAAAACAAUGAAUGAAAAAGAAUAUAAUCUAAAAUAACGAGCAAAAACAAUUGCCUAGGCAGCGUCAGUUGGAAUGCAGAGUGCAACCUCAACUUUUGCCUCUGGUGCCUGAUUGUGAAAUCAUGAAAAGCAAAUAGUUGCAUACACUAAAAAUUAACAAAAGUAUAUAUUAAAAUAAAAUUUAAAGCAAAAAAAAGAAUAUAUAUAUAUAUAAUGAUAAUGAUACAAAUAAUGAAGCAUAGCAAAAACAGUUAUAAGUUGUACAUUUUGAGCUGCAAAACGAGAUUUUACCAAUAUGCAAAUUGACGCAUAAUCAAUUCAAGACUAAAUAUGAAUAUGAGUAACAUACAUACAUAUAUACAAAAACAUACCCCAAAAACAUAACACACAUGCAUACAAACAUACAUACAACAUAUGUACGUACGCAUUUUAGUUGUGAAGCUGAAGCCAGCCCACAUAUUCUACAUACAGAUGAACAUACAACAUGCAUGCGAGCUAUGUCAGUGUAUAAGUAAUUGUAUCGUAGCUAUUUAACUAUGCAUUAUUGUAUUGAACAAAACAAAUACUAACAAAAUAGUGGAAAUAUGUGGAAACAAAAUGGAAAAAAGUAGUAGGGUGUAUAAUUUACAAAAAAAAAAAACAAACAAAAAACUUUAGGAAUACAGUUUUUAUUUAAACGAAAACAAAAUCACAUGCGCAACAUACUUAUACAUAUAAUACAUCAACAGAAACAUAUCAACAACAUUUGUCACACGAGUACGAGUUGUUCAUUUUUUAAAAAUAGACACCACAAUCCGAUACCCAAUUCCAUUUAGAUUCAGCCAUUUGCCACAUAACACAACACAACCAUCCAAUCCACAGUUUUUAAGUGGGAAGGAUCAGAGUAUGGAAUAACAAGAAAUACGAAGAUGAGAUGAAGCUUUUGAGAAGGAAACGAUAGCAUUAGAAAAUAAGAUUUAUCAGAAGUGCAGCAAAAUCGUGAAAGUUAAAUGAGAAAUUAUUUUAAGCACAUGGAACGGAACAGGAUUCGCGUACCAGGUCGUGUAUCGUCCUUGUAGACAGUGAGUCAUAGAAGGAAAAGUUGAUGAAUAAGCAUAGAGAAUUUGUUAAAUAUUUUGCCAACCGAGAAAGACAAAAUUAAUAAUUAGUUUUAUAGUUACAGUAUACUUUUUUAUGAAGUUUAUUUCAACGUGUUUUUUGGUACAAUAUUUUAUAGAUUUUUGUGCUCAUUAUCAAGUAUUUUUAGUAGCAUAAAUUUAUGUGUGGUUUUUUUAGCAAAAGUAACAAGUGAAAAGUGAAAAGUAAAACUUGAAGAGCGAAAUGAGAAAUGUUGAUGCGUUUGUUUGUAUUGAGAGUUUUAUCUUGUUUACUUUGACAGUUGGGGCAAACGCAUACACAACUCAAGUAUAAUAAAAGUAAAAAAUAAAAUAAAUGAAAAUAUAUAUAGAAACAAUCAUACAUACUUAUAUAGCUAGCGAAAUCUGUGUUUUACUUGCUUCUUUGAUAUUGACUUUGUUAAUUAGAUUUGAGUUCAGUUUUCGUGAAUUGAAACACACUACAAAAAGAAUAAAAAACAAAAACAGCAAAAAAUGCAUACAAGUUUUAAAACAGAAGACAGAAGUUCCUAAUUUUUAGUGAAAUGAUAAAGCUAAAAACAGAAACUAACAAGACAAUUUGCAGCAGUGAAUUAAAAAAUAAAUAUACAAAACAAUAACAUAAAAAGAAGAUAAAGAACAUAAUGAAUAAAAGUCACAUUUAAUUCGUUUUCAAUUGCUUUACCAUUUACUUCAAUUACAAUACUUUUCUUUACUUUCCUUUCAUUUCAUUUCCUUUCGUAUCCUUGGUCUGUCUAUACAUUUUGUGCGCGAUAGUCGCAAAAUUAUGGCAAAAUUCAACUAGGGUCCAAGAUUUAAAUAUAAUAAAUUAUAUUAAAGAACAUUACAUAAAAAAAGAACUACAAACAAAAUGGGCUUAUGAUCUGCCAAUUGGUACCCAAUUUUCGAGUUCAUAAUAUCUUAUCUACUAAAUACUGAAAACCAGCGAAAUGCAUGCACAACUCUCUUUCUCUCUCGCUAUUCUACAGGCACAUACUUACUCAUACACUCAAGAACACAAACACAGACACAAACACUCAUUCGAAUAUAGACACAUCACAGUUUUUACAGAUAUUGCCAAAAACAAAACAAAAAACAAAAGAA